AGGAUGCACAGAGCUCAUUCAUGAAGCUGAAACACUGCAGCCUGAAGAGCAGAAAGGCUCCAGGAGAACAAUUUCAGUGCAAUUGUGGCUGCACAGAGCGCAGGUAAUAACCGAAGACGGCCUCACAGCAGGAGAGUGAGAUCAGAUUGGCAGUGCAGCAGUGAGUGGCAUGACUGAAGACAAGAUAAAAAGCAGGCUACAGCAAAAGGUGUGAGCUUCAUAUUUUCUCCCUGAAACGAGGUUACAGCUGAGGAGUUCAAGAUGAUUCCAAAUUACUCUACUGAAGAAACUGUUAAAAGAAUCCACGUGGACUGUCCUGUUUCAGGUCGGCACAGCUACAUCUACAUUAUGGUUCCCACCGUUUACAGCAUCAUCUUUAUCAUAGGCAUAUUUGGGAACAGCCUGGUCGUUAUCGUCAUUUACUGCUACAUGAAACUAAAAACCGUAGCCAGCAUCUUUCUUCUCAACCUGGCCCUGGCUGACUUGUGCUUUUUGAUAACGCUGCCCCUCUGGGCAGCCUACACGGCCAUGGAGUACCAGUGGCCUUUUGGCAACUGUUUGUGCAAGCUGGCCUCGGCGGGGAUCAGCUUCAACCUGUACGCCAGCGUGUUCCUGCUCACCUGCCUGAGCAUCGACCGCUACCUGGCCAUCGUGCACCCGGUGCAGUCGCGCGUCCGCCGCACCAUCUUCGUGGCCCGCGUGACCUGCAUCGCCAUCUGGCUGCUGGCCGGCGUGGCCAGCCUGCCCGUCAUCAUCCACCGCAACAUCUUCUUCGCUGAGAACUUGAACAUGACGGUCUGCGGCUUCCGCUACGAGAGCAACAACACGACCCUCCGGGUCGGGUUAGGGUUAUCCAAAAAUUUGCUGGGCUUUUUAGUUCCUUUUCUGAUCAUAUUAACAAGCUACACCUUAAUUUGGAAGACUCUGAAGAAGGCAUAUCAAAUUCAAAAAAAUAAGACUAGAAAUGAUGAUAUCUUCAAGAUGAUUGUAGCAAUUGUGUUUUUCUUUUUCUUUUCCUGGAUUCCUCAUCAAGUUUUCACUUUUCUGGAUGUGUUGAUCCAAUUACAUGUAAUAACAGAUUGCAAAAUCACCGAUAUUGUGGAUACAGCUAUGCCCUUCACCAUUUGUAUCGCUUACUUUAACAACUGUCUGAAUCCCUUUUUUUAUGUUUUUUUUGGAAAAAACUUUAAAAAAUACUUCCUUCAGCUAAUAAAAUACAUCCCACCAAACGUCAGCACACAUCCAAGCCUCACAACCAAAAUGAGCUCCCUCUCCUAUCGGCCACCAGAAAAUAUCCGCUUGCACACCAAAAAGACUGCCGGGCCUUUCAACACCGAUUGAGGCAUUUCACAAAGUUCUUCUUUUGAACAACCUUGCGAAGCAGCAAGAACAACAAGAUUCAUCUGCGGUCCUGAACAUCACAGCUCAUUACAGCAACACUGGAUCACCUCAGAGAAAUCUUACUGUAAAGAGUCAGCAGUGGCCUUUCAGCUCAUGUCGUAAAGAGGACUGCUUCAUUUGCAUUUGGUUUUUCUUUACUGAAAGCAGCCCAAGAGUUGGACAGGUGUGUCAGAGUUUCUGCCACAUCCCACCGUUUGCUUGGAACUACGAAAGAAAGGGAGGGAAAACUCCUAACUUUAGUUCACAGGUGUUUCAAAAGGAAAAGCUUGUAUAAAUAACAUGAAACACAAAGAACCUGACUUGCAUAUAUGUGAGUUGUUCUGUUGAAGAAGUGAAGCUUUGUUUCUUGUUUUGUUGGUUUAUUUUUAAUUACAUAAAUGUCCUAUAAUCAUAUUUAUAAUAUAUUUUCAAAUAUAUGCUAUAUAUAGAGGCCCAAUUUUAAACUCAAAUGGAAAUUUAAGGUCCUUGAAAUUGGUCUUAUUCUGAUUUAUGCUACUAUUUUUAAUGGCAAUUUUUUCAUAAUAAUAUAUGCAAUAAAAUGCAGAUUUAUUUAUUAAAUAUAGAAUAAAUAUAUUUUUAGAUUUAUAUUCCUACUCAUACAUUUCAAACAUUGCUUCAGAAAUGUACAUUUAUAUGUCAAGGGGUAUUUUUGUAGUAGUUAAAAAAAUAACUAUGUGCACAGAAACGGGGUUCACUCAGCCUUUCGUGAUAAGCCACCCUGACUUUGAAGAACUUUAUAUACAGAAGGAGUUGACUCCAUACUCUGUGUGACUAAAAUUAAAAAAUUUCACAUUCCUGCACAUUUAGUAAACUCAUAUACCGAUAACUGAUGCUUAUGCAUCAGUUUAACUAAUAAUACUUUUAGUCCCAUCACAAAACAUCCGAGAUCAGACUUUACUCUUGGCUUUUAUGAAAUCUCUCUCCAUUUAUAUAAAAUUAUGCCCAGGGUAUUUUCUCACUGUACAACAUUUUUUUAUUUAUAUGGAACAAAUUCAGAUUUAUACUAGCAUAAAUCAGAACUAAAGUCUGGCUCAAAGUCUCAUUACAAAUCAAGAGGAAAGGUGACAAGCACUGUGGGAAGUUUCCACCAAUGAUAUCCUCAUAUGUGUCCUUUUCACCUCAAACAAUGAGCUUCAGAUAAUAUUUAUGCCUGAUUCACACCCAUUUAUUGUCCUCAAAGAUAAUGAGUUCAUAAAUACACUACAAAACUUAGGAAAAAAUCCAAAACUUUGCAUAUAUCAUGUGGAAAAUUACAUGUUCCUUAAGAACUUAGAGUAUUUAUUAUCUUCAAAAUCACACCUCUAAUGUGGCUUUGUCUCAAGUAGCGAGUGGUUGGAUUAUCCAUAUUUUCUGAUGAUCAAAAUCAAAACACACAAAACAGUUAUUUCUGUAGUUUAAUACUUCUUAAAGAAAAAAUGGGCCUACCGCCAGGUCUAGAAAUCUUCCUACUCUUUCAUUCACUUAUACUAAGGGAAGUUUUUUUCAGUUUUGCCUCUGUUCUUCCAGCUGCAAAAAUGGGAACAAUGUGUCUACUCACAUACAUUGCAAGGCGCUGUGAUGAGUCACUACUUCUAAAGCUGUAUGAUAAUAAAACCUCUCAUUAAAAUUUUAAGUUAAUUGCAAGCUAGUAUCUUGACAUUUGAAGCCUGAAUGUCAUUUAACUAUGUCAUUUAAAGACAUAUUUAAAUUGUUAUACUGAAUUCUUUCUAUUUAGCUCAUAUCCUUACAUGUGAGACAGCCAUUUGCUUAAAUUGAAUAUGGCAAUAACCCCACACAUUAUCAAUAGCACAGAAGAGGACCGGUGCCCUAAGCUGACAAAGCUUUCUAAGCUGACAAAGGACUGGCAGAGAUUGCCAUUUAUCUGUAUAUUUUGUUCAUGGACACACAUGCUGAGCAGCAUCGGGCAGAAGCAUCUCUGUCCAGCCAUAAUUCUGUGUGCUGUGCUUGCCACCUGCUGGAUGCAGCCACAAAUUUGCUUUACAUCUCAAAAGUUGUUACAGGAAGAAACAGCAACACUUCCCUGCCACCUGAAGGAUCUGAAGAUCCUCACUGUGGCAAAACUGCUCUAUAAAUAAAACACAAACUUGUCCAUCUGAGAAGCCAGUAACUUCCUUGACAGGGUCUAAGCAAGCGUUUUCUCAUCACCUGCUCAUCUCUUCAGUCACUGAAACCCAGUGUCCCCCAGCGACCACAACAGAGAGCUCAUUUGCAAAACAUUGACUGCAUUACUACAAGAGUCAUCUCAAAGAGAAGACAUAAAAAUCAAAGCCACUGGUUACUGAUCUUGAUCGUUUCAUGCCAGACCCUGCAGUUUUAAGAGGCUGUGUAUCCUAAGCUACUGAUGCCACCUGCAUCUGCCUGUGCCAUGUAAAAAAGCAGGAGCAUGCACAUUCAGCUGUGUUACUGCAGGAAAGGUAGGAAGGGACUGCACCUGGUGAGCUCCGAGGGCAGCACAGACCUUGAAUCGAUAGGCGAAGAAAGUGGAGGGGAAAGCUUUCCUAAAUAACACAGGGAAAUUUCCUUACUCCUAAGGAGUAAGGAAACAAUCAUCAGCUGCCAAAUAUGCUAGCUCCUUAAAAAAAAAAAAAAAAAAAAUCAGCAGAUGGCAGAUACUGGAAAGCCACUCUAACUGGGUAACAGCAGGAAGUAAACUCCUUGAAGCACAGAGUUACUAUGUACAACCAGAUGCUGCACUUUCACAAUACCCCAGCCAAGGGAAGAGCCCACAGGAUGGGCACCCACACCACUUCCAUCAUGUAUCUGCAGCCAAGGCAGGUGCUGGGAAAUGUGUUAUUGCUGAGCCUUACACUCCCCUGCCCACCUGUGCGUGGGGCAGGCAGAGCACAGGCGAGGCAGAGGGGACAGUCUGGCCUUUGCUGGGGACCCUUGGCCCUGUGGUCCCUACUGAGGGGCAGAAUAUUCUUUGGUGCAAGGACCUACCCAAUGCCAGCAAAGGAUGGAGUAAGAUUUGGCUCUGUAUGACUUUGCCAUCUCUGGGGAACUUUGGAUUGAGUCCUCUUAAUAGCAAAAGACAACUGGCUGUAGAUGUUUAAGAGCAAACUCCCAUUACCUUAAAAACCACAAAGCUAAAACUAUUAAUAUGCAAUAGUAUGCAGUUAUUUUUAAAAGAAGUAUCCACAGUGCUUUUUGUUGUUGUGAUGACCAGAGUAAAAUGCUACAAACUCUUAGUCUGCCCUUGUACUCUCCUGUUGUGAGGGGCCCAAGACAGUACUAAUGGGAACAGCAUAUAACCCUAAAUACAGGUAUUACAACCCCCAUUCCACCACAAUUUGAUUUAUUUGAAUGAACAACUUCUUUUUUUGCUGAAUAAUUACUAAAUUACAUAUUUGACAUGUACAUGCAUAUUAUCUAUUUCUAUUUGUUGUGCAAUAGUACUUAUGUGACUCAUACUAUUGUUUUGUGCUCUACUCCCUGCUUGUACGCCCAUCCUAAAUCAUACUGUAUAAUCUACACUUGUUAGCCCAAAUUCCAACAAAAUCAUUACAGAUAGAGCAGGAAUUAAUCUGGCUUCUCAGCCUAACAAUUUCCUCGUGUUUACAUUGUUAAUCAAGAGGUUGCAGAGUAAGCACAAGACCAAAAGUCCUUUACCUUGCCAGCAUUACUAUUUAAGUGAUAGUUUCCUUUGUCUACUUGAAACUGUGACAGCAGCAGAGAAUACAGUAAGUUUUCUAGUUUUGCUUGAAUAGCUUCAGCAAAGGUUUCUUUUGAUAAACCUGACCUCCUUUUUAAGUAUACUGAAUUGCAGGUAUCCCCAGGGAAAUAUUUGCCACUGCAAGGAGAAACAAAUCCUUGGGAGAGGGCGGUUGAAGGCCUAAAACAGGGACUUGUAGAAUUUGUAAAUAUUAAGUGUUAAAUGUAAAUAUUUAUUUUUGGUUUUGCAACAGACUGGAGGGAAAAACAUACACACACAAAGAAUAAAUCAUUCAGCUUAGUGCAAAGCCAGGGCUGUUCUAUCAAUCACUGAGUGCACCUCCACAGCGACCUCCCAGCCAAGGCUGAGCUAACAAAUCCUCAAUGCUACAGCCCAGCCCAAGCUCAGUGUCACCAGCGAGCUCUGCAGGUGUGGUAGGACACUCGAGGAAUAGGGACAGAGCAGAUCAUGUCUGAGAACAGCAUUGUGUGAUCUUUUUAGUGGACUAGUGCCAUGGGCUCCACCUUUGUAUUUGGAAAGUUAGGUAACAAAAUCUAGGUAUUAUUUUCUUUUCAAUAUUUUUGUGCAGUUGCAAUUUGUGAUUCAUGGAUGUUAAUUCUUUUGUCUUUCAAUAACCAUAGUUUUAUAUUGUAGAAGUUUACCUUGAUUAUAUAACAACUUUCACUGUCUAAAGUAUUACUGAAAACAUACAGGUCAUCAAUAAAUGUCUUUGUGAAAGUCAUCUCCACUUUUGUGUUGAGCACCCAAAGCAAAGAGAUCUGUUUCUGUGUUGUUGUAAGUACUAUACUGUUAUGUGUAUAACUACAGCUAUAUAUAUGUAUAUAGAAAUAAUUUUUAGGAAAUAUUAUCCUUAAAGUAUUUCUGUGUAAUACUGUAACAUUUUUUACCACUAUUCCUCAUUGCUUUUAACCUCUAUCCUCACCCAGCUCUCCCUUAAAUCUUUGAGAUUAACAGGUUGUGUCUGCAAUUCUUAUUGGAGAAAAUACCUAGGUAGCUCCAAAAUCACUUGUAGAACAGCAGUUCAGUAAUUCAUUUCUGUAUCCCAGAACAGACUAAGCUAAUGAAGUUUACUUGGAGAGGAGACUUAGUAAAUUCCUAAUUUUCCUACAUACAAAUUAGAGUUUGAAGCCAAAUUUAGGCUUAACCUUUUAGAAAGUAAAUUUAAUUUUAGGGACAGAUUUAUUUAGAAUACUGUGUUAAACACAAGAUCACAUUACAUUAUGAAUAAUGGCUUUGAACAGCCUGACUCAGGCUGCCUGUAGCUGAGUAUUCGAUGCAAAUAGAUCCACUUGGAAUAUAAGCAGUGCCACAUCAUACUGCAGCUGCAGUGGGAGCAGCUUCAGGUUCCAGAAGGGAACCUGAUGAUAACAAGAUAUGAUAAUAAGAAGGGACUGGGGAGGGGAGGAGGGGUUGACAGUGAAAAGAAUGGUAGAUUGAAUUUUACCAUUUCCAAUUUGUAUGAAAAUAAAAUAGAACUCAGUCCUGCAUAUCCCUGUUAAAACUCACUUCAUACCGUAUCUUACAGUGUCACAUAAAAAAGUGAAAAACUGUUAAAGGUUAGGCCUGUGAAAUUUUUAUAGUUUAUCUACUGUAUAACUUAUUUUCUAUGUAUAUUAGUUAUUCCUGAGCUUUGUGCACUGGUAGUGUUGUUAGGCUGCAAUUAAGCAAAGGCUCUGGGGCAGGAGGACAGACAGAGCCCUACCUUGGAGCUUUAUCAUGAGUGAUCAGAGGUUAAGAAUUGUUAGAAAAGGAUGGAAAGCAAAGACUGUUGCUGAACAAAUACAAAACUGUAAAGAUAAUUAACCCCAUUAAGUAGCAUUUUAAGAAAAAUUUUUGAACCAAAGACAGCCAGAUAAUUAAAAAUAAAACAAAAAAAAAAAAAAUAGAAAAUGCUGAAAGAGAAUUUCUAUUCCACUUGGAAUUACAGAGAAUUUCAAGCAUCCCCAACUCAUAUUCUCAAGCAAAUGCAAACCUGGCCAUUUCUGUGAAAUUGAGUAAAUAAACAGAAAAGUUGAAGUUAAAAGAUGGGUGUAAGAUACUAGCAGCCACUUUGUUGCUAUUGACUUUUCUUUCAGAAAAAAAAAAAAAAAAAAAAAAAAAAAGUGGAAUUAUGCACUUGAAAUCCAUCAGUUAAAUACAUGCCCAGGAAAGGGAAACAACAUAUUGCCUAUGGGCUUAGAUGAGCUUUGCAUACCUAGCCUGAAUCCUCCUCCUGCUUAGCUAAGCCUGAAUCUUCCACCUGCUUAGUUUAUCACAUGGUACACAACUACACCAAAAAAAAAAAAAAAAACCACCCCAAAACAGCUAAACCAGAAUACAAAACAGAAAUAAAUUAAUUUUGUGAAAAUAUGUAUUACAGCAGUGCUAUUUAAUUUUCAAAUCACCUAUUAAACACUAAAGGAUCUAAAAUAAAUUACUAUAAACUUGUUAAAACAAAGUAAAUUUUAAGCUUCUAUAAGGAUUAGGUUUUGCACUGCAAAAAGAUCAGGAAUGAGAAGCAAGAUUCCAGACCCAAGGCCCACUGUCUGUACAGCAGCACCUGUAAAGUGAGGCCACAUGUAUGAUUUGCAGGAUGCCUUUCAAAGGCAGGACAUAAAUAAGUGCACCUGAGGUGGAAUGUCACCCGCCAGAGCAUUGUUAAUGUUGAACAUGAUUUUUGUGAUUAUUCCAGAUACAAGUGGAAAGAAGCAGUAGAAAGGCAUACUCUGUAUACUAGACAGUACUAUACAGUGCCAUUUUUACAUGUUAAAUUCUGAAAAAUUAUAUUUCUGGCAUUUUUUAUUUUCUCUGCUUAUCUGUGAUGGUUCUCUAUACUGUGAUCUGUCAUUUUUACAUGCACUGUUCUGUUUAAAAAGAAAAUAACACAUUUUCAACAGCUUUCUAUCUAACACAACUUCAAAACCAGUAACCUUUUUCACAUAGCUGUCUACAUCAGACUGGUUGUAUUUUGAAAUACUGAAAAUAUUAAAACAAUACAAAAUAACUUUAAAUAAGUGUCAGUUUAACUUAUUCUUCACUGUAUGUUUAGACUGUUUCUCUCAAGUUUUGUUUCUCAUUAACCCUACAAGUAACUGUUUUUAAGUCAGCAACAUGGAGGAGAACCAUGUACAGAGUCUGACAUGAACACUUGACUCUAGAAAGGGUACAUUAUCUGAACAGCUUAUACCCUGGAAAUUCUACAGUUGCUCAAUU